UGGGAGGAAAGAGGAGACACUAUUUUGUCAAAGAUGGGGAGUUACCAGGUCCAGGGGAUCCAAGUCGAGGGAUAUGAGAACCAGAGAGAAGUUCAGCAGAUGGUGCUGAUUAAAGAAGAAGCUCCUGAAGUACGGAUGCUUGGUGUGGACCAACAGGCCACAGAGACCCUCAACAUAAAGGAGGAAGAGGAAGAACUGUGGAGCAGUCAAGAGGGAGAGCAGUUUUGUGUGAAAAAGGAGACUGAUGACACUGGGUUUUCAUUCACUGCUGUUCAUUUGAAGAGAGAGGAAGAUGAAGAGAAACCUCAGUUUUUACAGCUUCAUCAAUAUCAAGUAAAAGAGGAAGAUCUUCCAACCAGCAGCUCAGCUGACCAGAUGAAACCAGCAACUGGUGGAGAGGACUAUGGAGGAGCAGAAACUACCAGGAACCCAGAUCUACAUACUUAUGGAGAUGAUUACAGCUCUUCAGAGACUGAAAUCAGUGAGGAGGAGGAUGUGAAUGACUCUGACUCUCAGCUAAAAGACUUAUCAGGCUCUGGUUCUGCCGAUGGAGCAAGGACGAAGGUGGCUCACGGCUCUACAUUGUACCCCCACCUGCACCUUGCUGCUGCUCAUGCGCCUCACUUCCCUCUUCCUCCCCGCUCCAGCGGCAGAGGAAUGCUGUAG